AUGACUGGUCCGAAAAGGUCGCCGUCUCCGCCGCUUCCAGAGCCGUUUGCGAUGCAAGUAAGAUUGAUGAUGGAAACUCAAGUGAAAGAGGCAAGAGAGAGCGAAGAGACAAGGGAGAGAGAAGUGAGAAACGAGAGAGAGCAAAACGACAUGAAGCGCGACAUGAUGGAGUGGAGAUUUUGGUCGGAGGGAAGAUAG